UUUUUUUACAUGGACAAUGCAUGUAAACUCUGUCAUUGAGUGUGAGAGAGACAGAGAGAGAUUACAGAUUACAGACCGAGUAUAUAACGCUAGUACAUUAUAUACUCUGUCUAUUUUUACUGAUAAAAUGCCACAUAAAAUGAAGACGACAAAACAUAUCAAUAAAAGCCUCUGACACGCCCUAGCUAUAACAGUUAAGAAGCAGUAUGUAAAAUUAUGUAGCUGUAUCUAUUGUUAAAGUUGAGACCAAUUGAAUAACCUAGGGGCAAUAUACAGUUUUUAGUUUUUACAGGCAUUUAAUCAUAAAAGAUGCUAUCAUAAGCUUAUUUUAUGCUUCGUGUUCUUGACGAUGGCAUUAUAUUAUCAUCUAAAUUAACUAUUUAUAACGAUUAUUUACCUUUUGCCAGUUUGAAUGAAUGACUUAUAGACAGUACUUUGCAUGUGUGAGUAACUUGCCAUUUUUUUGUAGAUUGAAAACAGGUUUUUCAUCAGAUAAAUUUCAUAUCAGGUCCUAUAUUAAUUGAAAGUGAAAGUCAGGACCUAACCAGCCAGUCAGCUCAUCUGCUGUUCAUUUGAAGAGAAACACUGACCACAGAGGGAUCAGCCGAUAGGGACCUGAGGAGAAAAGGGUCAAGCUAACCACCAUAGCAAGUAAUCAGAUUCCCACCUGGCAGUCAAACUACUUCUGGAAGAAAAUCGCUCAAUCUACAUAAAGCAUCAUGGGAAACGCAAAAAGUAUCCUGAGGCAGCAUGGAUACAUCCCGCUUGAAGAAAUUGAGCAGGGAGCUUUUGGUAAGACUCUGCGGGUCAAGAAAGAGAAAGAUGGAAAGGAAUACAUAAUAAAAGGGCUCCAUAAAUCAGAUUCUGUGAUGCAUGAAGUGACUGCGCUGCAAGGUUUAAAACACCCAUUCAUUGUUCAGUACCUGGAGCAUUUUGAAGAUGAGAUGAAUGUGUACAUAGUGAUGGAGUAUUGUGAGGGUGGGGAUCUUUCUAAGCAAACUGAAAAGCAGAAAGAUACUGGUGAAUAUUUCCCAGAAGAUCAGAUCCUGGCCUGGUUUGUGGAGAUUUGCUUGGCUGUGGAGUAUGUGCAUGAGAAGAAAAUUCUGCACAGAGACAUCAAGCCAGAGAACAUUUUCUUGGACAAAAAUGGGUGGAUUCGCUUGGGAGACUUUGGACUGGCAAAGCCCCUUGAAAGAUCUUCAGGCUAUGCAAGAACAGUUGUGGGAACAUUUUGUUACCGGAGUCCAGAAAGAAUUGAGGAAGAACCAUACAGCAGUAAAAGUGACAUUUGGGCUUUGGGGUGUGUACUCUAUGAAUUGUGCGAGCUUAAGCAUGCGUUUCCAGAAGAAAAUUUGCAAAAACUCUUCAAUAAAAUUGUGGAUGGGCCCUACCCCUCCAUCUCUGGACCAUUCUCCACUGAUCUACGGGACCUUGUGAGGGAUCUGCUUCAGAAGAAUCCAGUUGAUCGACCCUCUGCCAGUGAUAUACUGGAGAGACCCUUCCUUCUAGGGAUCCUUAUCCAAAGGAUCAAGGGAAUCCCGGAAAAGCUGCUGCAGAAACUGAAAGAGCUGGAUGGAGUGGCAGAUGGUUUAGAGCGCGUGCACUUUGGCACCACCGUGGGCAGUCUGACUGGAGGGGUGAUAGGUGCUGCGGGGGGGAUCGCCACCAUAGUGGGGGUUUCCCUCGCCCCUGUCACUUUAGGGGCUUCUCUGAUUGUGACAGGGGUGGGAAUUGGGGUUGCUGCAGCUGGGGGGGUAACAGGAGCUGCUUCUAAUGUCACCAAAAUGGUGAAUGAGCACACAGACCGCCGCACCAUAGAGAAUAUUAUACAUGAAUGUGAGGCGAAGAUGCAGAUUCUGGUCACAUGCCUCCAGAGCAUUGACAAGGGUUUUGAGCAUUUGGACCAGAGCAGAACCCUCAAUGUAGCAGGUGCCACUCGGGUAGUGAGGAGCAUUGGGGGUUUAGCUAAACUGGCCCCUGCAGUUCAGGCGUUCAAUGCAGCAUCACAAGCUGUCAGACUCGCACAGGCAGCAGAGGUGGUCACCGGGGUGUUCGCAGGUCUCUUUCUAGCUCUUGACAUCUACUUCAUUGUUGAUGAUUCCAGGGAGAUACAUGCCAUGAGACAGCAAGGCUCAAAUAAUUACACAAAGAUGGAGGAGGAGUCAGAGGAACCCCCUGAUGAAGCCUCUGCAGGCCCACAGGCUGGCAGUGCAGAGGGACAAAAAGCAUUAAAAACCAGGGAGUUCAUUAAGAAGAUCAGGGAGGUGUCUGCUGUGCUUCAGAAAUGGCUGGAAGGUCUUGAGUCUGUAUACUCUAUCAUCACAGAGUUAGAAGAAGCUUACAUGUCUUUCUGAAUGUUAUUGGCCUUAAGGGGGAAUUGCACUUUAUAACACCUGCUUCUCAUGACUGAUAUUGUCCUUCUAAUG